UAAAACCACACUUUUACAUAAUGUUUUGUGAACACAAAGGAGAAUAAUCAUUGUGUAUAUGUUGUUAAUAAAUUAUCUGCGAAAAAUGUAUUUGUUGUAGUGAUCCAAAAAAAAUAAAUAUACCUGACAUUGAUUUAAAUGCACUAUGUUCAAGAUGUGAUCAAACUUAGGCUGAAUAUAAGUGUGAAUAGUGCAAAUAUCAAUUUUGUUAAGAAUGUUUUCAAUCAGUUCACAACAUUGGAAAAUUUUCAACUCAUAUUAGAAUUUCAAUUCAUAAAGAACUACACUAAUAGAUAAUGAAAUAACUGUCUAUAAUUUAAGAAUUUGAAUAAUAUUCAAAGGAACAAACAAAUAGUAUUCAAAAAUAUUUUGAUUAAAUUUAAGAAGUAUUAGAUAGAAAGAAAAAAUAAUUACUAGAUGUGAUAUAAAAUUAUCGUCAAUAAUAAAUGUAAAAUCUUAAAUAAAGAAUGAAUGUGAUAGAAGCAGCAGUAAAAAUAAAUUCAGAACGUACUUUUGAAAUUCCGGAGAGUCUGAAUUAUAGUAAAGAAACUUUUAAUUUAACCGCCAAAGAAUAAAUUAUAGAGUUAAUUCUAAAUAUUGAUGUAUAAAAAAACUUAGACUAAAGUACUGUUAGUCCACGUAGAAUUCAUACCUAAUCAAGUGUAAGAAGAAGUGCAAGUUGUAGAAAAUUAGAAUCUUAAGAAAAAAUAAUAGAAAUAUGUGAAACUUUUGAGAAAAGAAAAUUUAUAAAAGAAGUUUGUUAAUAAAAUUCAAUUUAGUUAUAAUGGACUCAUUCAAAAUAAAAAGUAGAAUAUAAUUUAGAAAUGGGUAUUGGAAUGAAAAUAAAAGGUGUUGAAUAAUUUAAAUAGGUUUAUAGAGGAAUAGAAUCAUCAUUUACAAUAAAUGGAUUAUAAACUAAAACUAAUUAUAAAUUUAGAGUUUAAUGUAUUUAUGAAAAUAAAACAAGUGAAUUUAGUGAAAUCUUGAAUAUAACAACAUUAUAAUAAUAAUCUAUAGAAGAGAGUUUAAUAAUUUCUAAGAGAAUAAUAAAUAAUGAUAUAUAGGUUUAAUUUGAGAAACCUGGAUUAGUUUUAGGUACAAAUCCAUUAUAUUUUGGAAUUUGGUCAUGGGAAAUUAAAUUAAUAAUUAAUGGCAUAAUUGAAGAUUUGACAGCAAGUUUAGUAGUUGGAGUAGCAAAUAAAUAAAGAAAAAUAGUAGGAACAACAUUAAAUUAUGGUUAUUAAAGAGAAUCUUUAAUUAUAAAAGUCUUAGUAGAUAUGGAUAAUAAAUGUAUGACAAUAACAUCUAAGAUGCAUCCAAAUGGAGAAAGAUUCUAAAAUAUAAUAGGACCUGUAUUUCCAGCAUUUUAAAAUAAGAAUACUCAUAAAGGAUCAGGAUGUAAAUUAUUGAUAUAAUAUUAAUAAUUAUGA